AGAUUCACGACGAACUGAAAAAAUUUCUCGGCCGGUGUUGACUUCAAAACUCUCAUUGAGCAGAUCGGCGCCAACUUCUAAACGCAAAUGGGAGACACGAGAAUCUUGAUCUUGGGUUUGGCUUGUUUAGCUAUUGUCUCCGUUGUUAAAGCUCUGUCUCAUGAUCCAGAACUUGGUUCUGCUCGUGUCGUCUUCCAGGUUCUUCAUUCCUCGUCUUCUCUCNGAUUCUAUCCCACUGUUGCACCCAAGACAGUGGACCACAUCUUCAAGCUUGUUCGUUUAGGAGGCUACAACACUAAUCAUUUCUUCAGGGUUGAUAAAGGUUUUGUUGCUCAAGUUGCGGAUGUGGCGAGUGGACGAUCAGCCCCGAUGAAUGAGGAGCAAAGGAUAGAAGCUGAGAAGAAAAUUGUGGGAGAGUUCAGUGAUGUCAAGCAUGUCAGAGGUACUCUUUCCAUGGGAAGAUAUGAUGAUCCAAACAGUGCACAAUCGUCAUUCUCGAUGCUUCUUGGUGAUGCUCCUCAUCUUGAUCGUCAGUAUGCUGUGUUUGGUAAAGUUACUAAAGGAGAUGAAACAUUGAGGAAGCUAGAAGAAGUUCCCACUCGCCGUGAGGGGAUUUUUGUUAUGCCGACGGAGCGGAUCACGAUUUUGUCGACAUACUAUUACGACACUAAAAUGGAGAGCUGUGAAGAAGAGAGAUCAGUCCUGAAAAGAAGGCUUCAAGGAUCUUUUGUCGAGGUCGAAAGACAGAGAAUGAAGUGCUUCCCGUGAAUCCAGAACUGUUCAACAAAAGCCUAAAACAUCAGGGGAACACAAAGGUAAAUGUGUGUCUAGUAAAAAACUUAGAAUGCUAGACAGAUCCAUUUGUUUUGAUUGUUUUUAUCAGUGUGAGAGAUUAUAGUUAACAGUGUAAACAGUUUUGAGACAUUGAGUCAUGGUUUGUUUCCUUCAUGGUCUGCAAAAUCUGAUAUCACCGGGACAAAAUCCCAGGUUCUGAGCACCAAAUAGUCAAAUUCUGAUCUAGUGAAAUAAGCUCGGAGGAAAUAGCAACAACACAUGUGCUAUGCUUUUGUUGCUCUUCUUCUCUCUCCAAAAAAACAAAGGCAUGUCUCUCACACAAUUAGUCUUUUCACUUUCGUUGACUUUUGUCUCUACCUUCAUCCUCAUCUUUGUCCCUUUCCUCUUAGUUUUACCUUUUUAUUUUG